GUCUGAAAACUGCACGGGAUUGUGCAUGUGAAUUGCAGCUACGAGAUCACUAUAAAAGCUCUAAGCUAGCUAGCUAGGGCUGAAGCAUGGUGUUUGAAGGGGUGUUAGUGGACCUAUUGAACCGUUUCCUAGGCUCAUAUGUGAAAAAUCUGGAUGCUUCUCAGCUGAAAGUUGGAAUAUUUGGAGGUGAUGUGCUUUUGGAAAGACUUGACCUCAAGGAAAAUGCACUGGAUGAGCUCAACUUGCCUGUGAGGAUAUUUGGAGGACAUUUAGACAAACUUCGCUUGAAGAUCCCCUGGUCUAACUUGUACGGUGCUCCAGUAGUGGCUGAGGUGGAUGGCCUCUUUGUGGUAGCUGGGCCUGCCUCUGCUGCCAAGUACGAUGCAGAGAGAGAUGCUCGGGAGAAGAAGGACAACAAAGACAGACAGUUGAAGAAAAUCGAAGACGCUAGAAAAAAGACCUUGGAAACAAAAGACAAGAAGAACCAAGCCCCCGGCCUUGUGGAGAAGCUGGUGACACAGAUCAUCAGGAAUGUUCAAGUGACCGUCAGAAACAUUCAUGUAACGUUUGAGGAUGGGGUGACUGACCCCUCCCAUCCGUUCAGUGUGGGCGUUACGCUGGACAGUCUGGUUGUCCAGAGCACAGAUAGUAACUAUGUGAUUGGAGGUCAGGAUGUCGACCCUGUCUCGCAGCUUAUCUAUAAGCUUGUGCACAUGAGUUGUUUGUCCCUUUACUGGAACACAGAUGCUCGUCUUCUCUUGGACGGGAAGUUGCCUAGCAACUGGGCGGAAACACUUAAGAGUCGGAUUGCCAGGUCACAUGACACAUCAUCGGACAUGCAAUUCCUGCUGCGUCCCACCAGUGCCAAGGCCAAGUUGCAGCUGACCAUGAAGCCAGGGGUGGACGAGGCCAUCCCUCAGGCACUAGUCAAUGUGGUGCUAGAGCACAUUGCCAUCUCUCUAGGAAAACAGCAGUAUCGUAACGUUAUGAGUCUGGUUGAGUCAUUUGAUAGAAUGUCUAUCAACCAAAAGUACCUCAAGUAUAAGCCCCUCGGGGGUGUGAGUGAUGACCUGAGGGCGUGGUGGAGGUACGCCAUUUCUGCCGUGUUGGAGGAGGACGUCAAGAGGAGGACUAGGAUGUGGUCAUGGAAACACAUCAAAGAGCACAGGGCAAGAUGCAAGAGGUACAGAGAGCGGUAUGUUGAGAAGCUGCUUGCUAAGAAGGUCUCAGAUACGCUCCAGGGGGAACUAGAUGAGCUAGAAGCUUGUUUGGACGUAGUCAAUAUCAUUCUGUGUCGACAGCUGGCUGAGAGCAAGGUUGAGAGACAAUUAGCGGCUCGUGAGGAACUGAAGGCCAAGUCUGGAGGGGGUGGUUUGUGGGGGUGGACCACAAGCUGGGUCACAGGGUCACCUGACCAGGAGCCAAUCAUUACACAGCCGCCCACGGACGUGGAGUUAGCAAAGGAAAAGGAGAAGUUGUACAAAGCCCUGGGGUACAGCGAGAGUGGAGGGAAGGCCAACUACUCGAAUGAGUAUGUUGCCCAUAAGGUGGUGGUUGACCUGAGGAAGGUGUCCCUGCAGCUGUACAACCCUCACGGAGCAGUGUCAGAGUUGUUGGCGGAUAGAGUAGGCGUGGCCUUCACUCAGCGACCAGCCUCUGGUAACAUCAGCGUGACCGCCUCGCUGGGUAGUCUGACCAUGAAUGGGCGUGGUCAAGGAGGAGGGGAACCCCCUACAAUCAUUCAGACCAAUCAACUAACAGCAGGUUCGUUACUGGAUGUUCGGUUUGAGCUGAAACCGCUGGGCAAGAGGGCAGACUAUUCCAUCAUGGCCAAACUCAAGCCAGUGCAGAUCAUCUAUGAUGCUGACACCAUUGAUGACAUCAUUGGAAUGUUUCUCCUGCCUAAAGAUGUUCAGCUUCAAAAAUUGUCGGCAGCUGCCUCGUCUAGACUGGAGGAGGCCAAGACGCAGGGAAGGGCGGGACUUGAACACUCUAUCGGACAAAAGAAGGUGAUGGAGAUGGACAUCAGUCUACACUCUCCCUACCUGAUAGUACCAGAGAAUGGAGUACUCACCAAGUCCUCUACGGUGCUACUGGUUGACUUCGGCUCUCUGCAGGUGACCAGUGCCCCACAGCAGCUGGAAAGCAUUAGGCAUGCUACUAGGGAACAGCUGGAGGCAGCUUUCUAUGACGACUUUGACAUUGAGCUCAGGAACGUCCAGGUGAUUGUGGCGGGCGUUGGUGAUGACUGGGAGAGGGCUCGGAGAAAUGUCUCCUCUCCCUUGCACAUCCUCACACCCACUAUGCUAGACCUUCAGGUCAAGAACAGCCUCAUGGACGAUGCCAAGUUACCCAAAAUUAAAGUGAGUGGAAGUCUACCCAAACUGAAACUGAGUCUUUCUGACAAGAAACUCAAGCAAGUUCUCAAGAUUAUCCAAAGCCUUCCAUUACCGCCUCCGUCACUGGCUAGCAAACCCGAGACCAGCAAAUAUAGUUACGAUUCCAGUGUGCGUUUCAAUGUGAACACUGAGGGUCUACUCAGCACCAUGCCUGCCCCACUACUGCCCGCUACUACUGAAGGAGAUAGUUCUGAUGAUGAGGUCUGGUAUACGGCGGAAGAAGGUUCAUUCGAUGAGAGUACCGGGAGCUACGUCUGCUCGGCUAAAGAGGAGGACGCUAGUAAGAAGACCAUCUCUGCCAACAAGCUGGACCUCACUUUCUCCAUUCCGGAGAUCAUGAUCAACUUCAGUGAGCACGAUGAGCAGUCUCAGAAGGACACUUCUCGGCUUAGCCUCACCGUGACCUCUGUGUCCACCUCUGUCCAGCACCGGACGUGGGAUACGGGUGUGACCGCUUCGAUUGGGUCUCUCAUUGUUGACGAUCACUAUAAUAUGGGUGUGGUUAGGGAGGAGCCACAGCACAUGCUGAGCACUAUUGCUAGUGAAGAGACCAAGAAAACAGCGUUUCUGUCUGUCAAAUACAAUAAGGCUGACAGCACUGGGCCUCAGUUUCAGAGCUUGUUUGCCUCCACUCAGCAGAGCAUUGAUGUCAGUCUCUCGUUGCUCAGACUACAGCUGCACAGAGAGUCUCUCAUUAACCUCCUGGCCAUAGCACAAGACAUCACCAAUGAUAGCAAGAGCAAGGCUAAGACGAAGGAUAAAUUGUCUUCUCCUAGUGGAACAAAAGUCUCAUCAAAGUCUCAAACUAAACUUGAUGAGACGACAGUUGCAGCUAGCAAAUCUGUUGCUAGGGUACCAGGGGAGAAGGACCUUGACCUCGCCGCAACGUUGACUGGAAUUGAGUUGAUAUUAUCAGACGACAAUGGCAAUUUACUGACAUCAAAUAUUAAAGGUGUGGAGACCAGUGUUGUUAUUGAAGAGAAGGCAAUCAACAUCUCAGCAAGUUUGUCCGAUGUAUGUCUCGUGGACGCGGACCCUGGAUCCCGCCACCCCAAUGUGAUAGUCAAAAUGGACAAGUCGGAGAAAGUCAUUUCCACUAACGUUGUUGUGUACAAGAACGCUCCCAAGACCGACCUCAAUACAGCCAACCUCAGCGUAAAGGCCAAAGUCCAAAGGUUGAAGGUCACAAUUCUGUUCAGAUUCCUUAAUAAGAUCAAGGGAUUUGUGAGCGAGUUUUUGACACAACUUAAAUUGGACCAGAAAACGAUUGACUCGGCAAAAGAGGCAGCUGCAAAGACAGCCACUAGAACCGCCGAGGCACUAAGAGAGCAGAGCUCUAGUCGUGUCCGUCUAGACAUCACCGUGUUUGCCCCUGUUCUAGUGCUGCCCCUCAGUGCUCUCAGUCAGGCCGCCUUCAUUGCUGACCUGGGCCGCUUGAAGGUGAAGAACAACUUCCUCCACGCUGACAGCAUCUAUGAAGGGACCGAGGAUUUUGAUAAGGGCUCACUUGUGAGUGCCUCAGGAGAGAAGGCUCUCUUGGACAAGAUGGAGGUCUCUCUGAGCUCUAUACAACUGGGAAGAGUUGAGCGUCUGAAGGAGGAGACAAAGCCAUCACCAGGUCACAUGAUCGUGGAGCCAUUAGAGUUCAGUGGUGUGGUCACCCGCAGUCUGAGCAGCUGGUGUACGGUAGUGCCAGCUGUCGAUGUUCAGGCUAACCUCCAGACACUCAAUCUUCGCUUCAGCCCUGAGGACUACCAUGUCACCAUGUCCCUGUUGAGCUCACUCAAUGAAGGAGCUUCGACUAGACCACCCCCCAUCUCCCCCAAGGAGAAGGACACUCAGCCUGAACCUGAAGAGUCUUUGGACCUUCAGCCUACAAAAGAAGUGGAUGUGGCAGAGGGCGGGGUCAACAUCAGAGUGACCGCUGUAGUGGGAACUGUUGAGCUGGCACUACACACUAAAGGAGAGACUGUAGCUACUGUGAGAGUGGAAGAACUGGUCACCAAUGUGGAGUUGCUUAGCAAUACCAUCCAGGUCAAAGUUGGAAUAUCUGAUGUAAAUGUCUCUUCACUGAACUCUGACCACCUCUACCCUAAGAUAGUGUCCGUGACAGGGUCUACCAAGGCACUGGAAGCAAAGAUUGGUAUUUAUCCUCAAGCUACUAAGAGCCUUGAAGGUUAUCUGGAUACGAACCAGUGUGACGUUAGUGUGGAGGCGUCUGUUGGUCAGUUGAGACUAGUCCUCCUCUUUCUGUUUGUGAGCAAGAUCACCAACUUCUUGAAGGAGCUGCAGGUGAGCCAGGAAGCCAUUGACAGGGCCAAGAAGUCGGCACAGGAGAGUGCCACAGCUGCCAUCAAUGCUGUCCAGGAGAAACAGGCCAGUGGUCAGCGUAUAAAGCUCUCCAUCACUCUCAAAGCUCCAGAGAUAGUAGUUCCUCUUCACUCCAACUCAGGAGAGGUCAUAGUGGCCGACCUUGGAGUGUUGAGGCUGUCUAACUCCUUCCAUCUUGUGGGAGGGUGGUCUGGAGGAGAGAGACCACCUCUGUACGAGGAGUACGAUAUACAGCUCAAAGAUCUGCAAGUGUAUCGUACCCUUGUGGGUGUGGCCAAUAAUCCCCCACGAUCGCCUGUCCUGGAGCCGUUUAAUCUCUCCCUGGUGAUGAAACGUAACCUGUCCAUCUCCUGGUACACAGACAUGCCCACCAUUGACCUGGACGCUUCUCUGGGAAACCUCAAGAUGUCCGCUAGUGAUGCUGACAUUGAGGCUCUGUGUCAGGUGCUCACCGGCAACCUCAGAGAGAGCUUAGACCACACCCCUACCACACCCACUAAAAAUGAGACACCUGCAGAUGCCGUGGAAGGGUCAUCUCUACCAAAGCCAGCUGAGGGGGUAAAAAGGCAUGCCUCAGUUGAAACUGAAGAUACAAAGACCAGUUCCCAAGUCUUCAAGAUGUUGGUCCUCAAGGCCACGUUAAAGAGCAUUGAGAUUGAACUGUUUAAGAGCCAGAAAGAUUCUGAUAAGUGGGUGAAGGGCAACCACAACUCUUUUGCAUCGCUGGACCUCCAUCAAUUCAGCAGCACCGUGUGUAUAGAGAGCAAUGGCGCUGUGGGCGUGGCCGUGGAAAUGCUCAAUGCCUGUUUGGAGGACAGUCGAUCCAUGCCCAACAAGAAACUAAUAAGACUAAUAGAUAAGGUGAUGGAGGACGAGGGAUCAACCGUUCCGUUAGUUUCUGUUUCCUUCAACAUAACUUCGAAUGGUGACAGUUUUGUGGAUUGCACUGUGGAGAGUGCAAAGGUGCUUGUCGAUGUCGUGUUUAUUUUUCUGCUACUCGACUACUUUAAGACGUCAGUGAGCUCCUUAUCCAAACCAACCGAAUCCUCAACUACACAAAAACUACCCUCGCCACUAAUUAGUGAUGCAGUUUUUAGCGAAACAAUUGACUCUGGUUGUCAGGAAUCAAUUAAAAGUCCAAGUCUUAAGAGUCCAAGUCCAACUCCUGAGCCGAUAGAGGAGGCAACAAAGAUAAGUAGUGAUGACAAACCGCUUGGAACAUUGUCAGUGAAAGUGAAAGUCCUUCGACCUUUGAUAGCGUUGCUGAAGAAUUCAGAACAGAAAAACACUCGAGCCCUGGUUUUGGGGAGUACGGUUGAUUUCUCCAUGGAGCAAGGUCCUACUGGGAUGACUUUAAAGACGGAAAUAUCUGAGCUUGCUAUCUUUGCAACUAGAGUCAGCAACUUGCGUAACACAGCAACAAAGGUCCUAGAGGUCAAGAACUCAAAACCUAUCAAAUUUGGAAUGCAACAAUCAACAUCUGAGGGAACUGCAAUCGAUAUUGAAGUACCGGACGUUGUCUUGUCCUUUUCACCCACCACCGUUAGACUGAUACUGCAUGUGGUGAAGGCUCUGCCGGUCACAGCUAAGGACAGUGAUGUGGAGAUUGGUGAGACCUCCCCCCUUGACCUCUGGGAAACGAGACCUGUCGACAGCAGCAGCUGGUACCUCAACCCCCCCGUCCCCUCAAGAAACGUGGAAGGGACGUCAGUUGACCAGGCCAUGCCCCUUGAAGAGGUUUUCGAUGUUGACGAGAAGCUGUCUCUGGUGAUUGACAGUCUGCUAGUGCUGGUUGAGGAAGAGACUGUGGCUGGGGGAAACCCCUUCCCCGUCAUUUCUAUGAAGAUGGGCAACUACACACAAAGUAAUGCUAAGGCCAUGGAGCUGACUGCUACAAACUGGAGCACUGAGCUGAAUGUACUGUCUACUGUGUCUAUGGAGGUGUCGUACUUCAAUCUGGGUCACAAUGUGUGGGAGCCGCUACUCGAGCCAUCUGUGGACCCAAGCUACGAAAACCAGGAGGUCUAUAUUCCAUGGACUCUCAAAGCUAGUAUAUGGAAGGACCUCUCUGUCACCAGUGUAGACAAAGGAAACAGCCGUUCCAGCUCUGUGUCCAGUCGAAUUGGGUCCAGGAGAUCUAUGAGCUCAACAAGUAGUGUGACCACUCAACCUGGCAAACAGGACGAACUACCCCCGGAAAUCUCUGUAGAGAUUAUGUCAGAGACACCACUACUACUAACACUCACCAAGUCUUGCUUGAUGCUCUUCAAGGACUUGUGGAUAGCGUAUGGUGAAGUGGAACAGGAAGUGACGGAGGAUGUGGAUAGCAUGGCUCCUGAGGCUAUGGAAGCUGUCUUUGUCAUCAAGAAUGAGCUUGGCUUAAACUAUCCUCUCACUGUUUACACAAAGGACACUCUCAAGGUUCACGGAGCAUACAGCAGCACAGUACGACACGGGCGGUCCGUCCCACUGCACCCGAUGACAGAGGCUCUCCAACUCAAGCCCGGCGAGUAUCUGCCCAGAGAAGUGUAUAAGAAGAGGAGAGUGCACAUUGUCACUAUAGCGAUUCCGAGUUUUAAGCCGAUAGACGUUGCCUUGGGAACCAGCGAGUGUGUCUAUUACCCUCUCAUACUGGCGGACAAAAAUUCAUCAAAGAAAGCUAAGGACUCGCCUCAGUUCGGAGUUGUCAUUGACAUAAAGAUGUCUCAAAGGGUGCCUGAAGUUCGGAUACGAUCUCCGUUACAGGUUGUUAACAACUUGUCUGAAGAAGUGCAAGUGUUUUGGCGAAAGGACUCAUCUGAGCCGCUCCCCCCAACUCCCCUCACAACCCUACCUGGAGGCUCCACCCACUCACUUCCGCUGGAGACCACUGGAUCACCAGAUGGAGGAUUCCAUCUGAAUCCAGUAUCUUCAGGUACUGUGCCUAGCAAGCAUUCAAUAUCGUGGGUCAACAAAGAGAAGUCUUUUGACCUAGGGUGCUACUCAAGCAGUAGGGGCUACCCUUUCUUCAUGCAUGUGGUCAUCGAUGAAGAACGCUACUCGAGGCAGCCAUCCAUUAACAUUGCAUCGAGGGCUCACCAUGCCUUUGUCCUAAACUACCCUCUUGUUCUUCAAAACCUUCUCCCCCUCUCAGUCACAGUGACUGAGAAGACUGACUCUACCGUUAGCAAGGAGUUGCCUCCUGGGAGCAAAACUAACUACAGUCACGUAGCUCUGUCAGAAGAACCUAGAUUCCAUACUAAGAUUGACUACAAUGGCCGAAUUUGGAGCGGAGAGGUUUGCCUAGACGAGGAGAGCGACGAGUACACACAACUCACCCUCAAACCAGAGUACAGCGUAGACAAGGGGGGCGAAAAGGACAAAAAUGAAGAAGAAACCAGUUGUCUUAAGCUGAUGAUCCACGUCCAGGAGAUGGGCUCAUGGCAACUAACACUUUACUGUCCCUACUGGAUAGUGAACAAGACUGGUUUAAUGCUGGAGUAUGCGGGGAAGAGCACUGAUGUUGUGACUGUACACCAUCCUCAACUGCCCAUGGCACUCUUCCCAUAUAAGGAGGUGAAAGUGAGAGUGAGAGGGUCAUCUCUACAGAAUUCUGAUUGGUCGAAAGCCUUCUCCCUAGACGCUGCCGGUAGUGAGGGCGUCUUCCGGUGUUUAGAUAAAAAGAGCAAACAGGAAUAUCAGAUGGGGACAACCGUGACUACCUCGAGUGUGGGUCUCUCUAAAGUGAUCACCAUUUCUCCUCUCUUCAUGACCUUCAACCAAACGAGGGAUGAAAUUAGUUUCAAAGUUGGUGAAGACCUACAGAUCUACACAGUCAAGUCUAAACAGCUGCUUGUAUUCUGGCCAAAAAGCAAUUCAGAGCAAAUGUCUCUCUCUGUGAAUGAUCAGAAAAUGAGCAAUCCUAGCAAGGCGUUCAAAUUCACUGAGAAUUCCUCAAGGCUGAUUCAGACAAAUGAUCUGAUACCAGCUGUGGUUACCGAGAUACAAGUGACUGGGUCGGCCAAUGUCGUGACAUUCAGUCCGUAUUAUGAGGGGGUGGUCCCCGUUAAGAUUGUUAACAGUAUGGCGUAUGAUAUGGAGUUCAAGCAAACAGCGGAGCACAUCAAAGGUACCCAAACGAUACCAGCUGGUCAGAGUGUAUUCUACUCCUGGAGGGCCCCUUUGGUUCAGAAGAAGGCGAUCAGCUGGCGCAUCGUGUACCCUGCCCAGAGGCUCAAAAUGAAGAGCAUCCUUACCAAGGACGAUGGUGGGAAAUUCAAGAUUCCCAGUAAGCUCCUUCCCCACUCUGAGUCGACGACAAGCUUGUACUCGUUGUCUGGUGACACCCAAGGCUCUGUAAGUGACUGGGAAGAUAGCGUUGACUUUCCGGAGUGGGAGGAGCUCAGUGCCGAUGACGAAGAUGGCAAUCUUUCUGGCAUAGAGGAGGAUGACGAAGGAGAGGAUGAGGAGGGUAAGGAUCUCACUGACUUCUCUGUGAAACAUGGUCUCGGGGUGAUUGGACGUGGAUUUACAAGCACCAAAAAAAAACUAUUCCAAAGACGAUCCAAAAGUAGGGGUAAAACUGUCGGUUACUGGGUCUCUUUCCUUGACGGCCUACAAAGAGUAAUUCUGUUCACGACAUCGCACGAGGUUUGGAGUCAUGUGAUGGGUGGGCAAAAGACGGAACGAGCCAGUACUGAGCUGUUCAGUCUAUCUCUUAGAGAGGUCGGUCUCUCUCUAGUGAAUGAUGAGAGAGGAUUGGAGGUUGCUUACAUUGGAAUACGUCCGUCCAAACCAAUCUGGGAGAUAUUGAAGAGGUGGAACCGCUGGAAACCAGUGUCCAAUCAUCUCAGAAAACAUCUGGAGAAAAUCAUUGAAAAACCAAAGGAAGAAAUAGAGGGGAAGGUCAUUCCAGUUCCUGAGAGCAACUAUAAGAUUGACUUUUCUGCUGAGUCGUCGUGGAUGCUUGUUGAGAAAAACGGCACAAGAAUUCAUGUGAGGAGGAGCCACUUUGAAGGAGUUUUUGUGCAAGUAACUCUCUCUGAGCAUUUGACGUCCAUUGAAACCAAGAUUAAUGAAAUUCAGAUUGAUAAUCACCUCCUUUUCACAAGCAAUCCGAUAAUUCUCUUUGCGUACCCCACUCCUCCCACUAUUGCCUCUAAAUACGAGCCCAAGCCUUUCAUUGAGAGCAGCAUGAUACUCAGAAACAGUGCACAGUCAAACGUCAAGCAAGUGCAGCUGUUUCAGGUUCUGAUUCAGGAGAUUGGACUGAACGUAGACAUGAACUUCAUCUUGGCCAUUGCUGACCUUUUAGCCAACCUACCAUCAGGAGUAACGGAGAUUGAAGGCAUUGAAAGAGACCUAUCAAUCUCAAAGUUUCCACUAGAGAAAUCGAAAGUUGAACAGGUCAGUGCGGCUGCCACAAGAAACUACUUCAAGUUUCUUCAUCUUUCUCCACUUGCCAUCCACCUAAGCUUUUACCUGGAUCGAGAUGCAUCCUACAAACCAGAUGAGCAUAAAGACAGCUCCUCCAACUCUGUAUUCGGGGCAGUGCUCAAUGCAUUCACUCAGUUUGCUUUUCUAGUGGGACGAACAAAGGACGCUGAAUUACGACUGGGAUAUUUUGAGCUAGAUGAGGUUGCACUAACUCAAACUGGCCUUCUUAGUAGGAUCCAGAAACACUACACACAGCAGGCUGUGCUACAGCUGUACAGUGUGGUGUUGGGGCUGGAGGUGCUGGGAAAUCCAGUCGGCUUUGUUAAAGGACUCAAGGACGGUACAAUCAAUCUCUUCUAUCAUCCAAUCCAGGGUGCUGUCCUGGGCCCAGGAGAGUUCUUUGAAGGUCUUGCUCUAGGUGGACGUGAAUUCUUUAGUAGCACUAUUGGUGGCCUAAGUGGUGCCCUGGGGAAGGUGUCUGGAGCCAUUGGAGACAUUGCGGCCAAAAUGACAGGGGACGAUGAGUUCCAGGAGGACAGGAGACGGUCGGACACUUGGGGACAGAGCUUAGAAGGAGCCGCUAAGGGAUUUGUUAGUGGACUGACUGGCGUGAUCACACAACCGUACAAAGGUGCCAAGAAGGAAGGAGCGUGGGGUGCCAUCAAAGGGUUCAGCAAGGGUAUUGUAGGGGUGGUGCUUCGUCCCACUGCCGGGAUCCUCGAUCUCACCAGUGCCACUUUCAAUGCUGUACAAAAGAAGUCAAAGGCUGGUGAUUCUACAGUGGCUGAGAUCAGGGCUGCUAGAUACAUUGGGCCAGAGAGGAUUGUUUUCCCCUAUUCACCACGAAGAUCUACUGGUUACGCUUUGUUUGUGGACAUAGAUAAUGGUCGUUUGCUAGAGACAGACACCUACUUCGACCAUGUGGAGCUGAUCGACAACCCUCUCAAAGUGUUACUGAUCACUAGCAGACAGCUGGCCGUAGUGAAAAUGAGUUCCAUCAGAGGUAGAUUUGACGAUGACUAUACAGUAGAUUUCACUGAGUUCACUGGACCAGCUAGGAUCGACGAGAAACACAACAGUGUUGUGGUCAUGCCAGUGAGAGAGGAAACAUUUGCUGGUCUCCGCUUUAUCUCUGGUAAGAAGAACUACAAAGAAUUUGACAAGACCCUAGCUGUUCUGAAUGAAGGCAUCGCUAAAAAGUCUGUGGAACUGAUCAAUCAAGCGUACGAAGAGUUUCGGGCAACUGCUGCUAUAGAUUACUGAUUAAUUGACACAAUUAUAUGUAGCUUUCUACAGUACUAGAUCUAGUUUAGACUAGCUAGAUAUGUAAAGAAAAGAAACCCUUAUGAUAAGUAUAUCUAUUAAUUUUUCACAA